GACAGAUUUCGCUGUAACACCUGAUAAACCGUCGAAGCUGAACUGUCACGUUGCAGCUGUCUCGAUUUUGAACUACGCAUUGGGGCGUAGAGGACGGCUAAACAAUGGAAAUCGACCAUUUCAAAGCCAUGUUUUCUGUGGCGGUGGCGAUAAUAAAGAACAAGCCUCCGGGUAUGAGCGGACGAGAGUUCGCCGAGGUGUCGGCCUGCAGUUUGAGACGUCGGGAUGAAAGCUGGAAGGAGAAAGCUGAGGAGCUGCAGCAACAAGUGCUCAGGCUGCGACAGGAAGUACUGAUCAACAGACUGACAGGAAACGCCACAGCAGGUCCUUUCAGUGUACAUGAUCAUACAUACUGCUCAGACCCUAAUGCAGGAUCCGAGACCCCUGAGCUACUGCUGCCGGACCCCCACCCUGACUCCCAUCUCCCCGAGCCUCCACCCACUCCCUGCAGGCCUCCUUCAGGUCCUCGUGGGGAAACCACAUUGCCUCAGGUCCAGUUCCUGCAGGCUCUGCUGUCCCUGCAGCGUUUGGAGGAGCCACUGUGGUUAGGCCCCGACGGGGCGGAGGUGCUGGUGGAAACUGUGUGCCAGCUGCUGGAUUUGGUGGUGAGGAUGUGCAGGGACGCUCCCCCGCUCGGCCCCAGUGACAUCGUCCUGCAGGCCUGCCACAUCGGAGAUCGAGCCCUGAAGCUGUUCUGCUCUCAGAGGCUGCCGGCUGCAGACUUCAGGAGGCGGGUGGAGGCGGCGCUGAGAGAGCUGACGGAGCUGCUGCUGCACAACAAGGGGCUCCAUAGGCUCCAGUCCUCAGAGAAGCUGAUGGAAUGCCUGAUGACGCUCGGGAGGGCAGCAUGUCCAAAUCCUUUCUCCUCCGUCCUCCUUUCUCAAAUCAGCGCCCUGGCUGAUCGGCUCGAGCAGGGCUUCCAGGGGCAGGAGGAGUUUCCCCUGGUCGAGCACCAGAACUCCUGCUACCUGUUCCAGAUGGUGGAGCUGCUGCAGAACUCUCAGGUACCGCUCGGGGUGGAGGCGGGGUCGGAGGAGCAGGCGGGUUUCUGCCGUCACCUGGAGCAGCGAGCCUUCCUGCUGUCUGAGGAGGUCCCUCUGUUUGUGCUCAGCAUGUGGAGGAUAGGGAAGCUCCUAUCCUCCGAUCGCUAACGCACUCUCAGACCCAAAUGCUGCUGGAUCGCCGUGCAGCGACUCGUAAUUAUUAUCCAAUGAUAUUUGACGUUAAGGUGAGGAAGGAGAGUGUGAGGGUCGACAUGGAGGCUUCUCUAGCUGUUCUCCUAAAUGAAGUUUACUGUAUGAUUACAAAUGUCCCCUGUGUGGGACCAAAGAGGUCCGACUGAAGCUCUUGUUUUUAUUAUGAAGAUGAAUUCAUUGUGACAACAAAAAUAAACUACGUGCUG